UACAAAUCUCACGUGCAGUGAGACCUACGUGGCCACGGUCACAGCCCACGGAUACAAGUGUGACAGUCCACCCGGCCCGAGCACCAACAUUACUACCACUCCAUGUCCUCCCACCAACAUCUCAGCCGUGUACACCUGUUCUCCUAAUCCUGUUGCUGUGUCAUGGGUGUCCUCUGGAAACGCCAAACAAUAUACGGCGGUAGCUUUAAGCCAACAAGAUCACAAGUCUGAGUGCACGACCAACCAAACGUCGUGCAGUCUGCCUGGACUCCAGUGUGGGGAGAAAUACUCUAUUCGUGUUUCAGGAGCAAAUGACAUCUGUUCAAGUCAAGAGAGCAACUCUGUCUCCCUUCUCACAGAGCCAUGCCCUCCCACUAAUGUGACCAGCCAGCUGAUCAAUGGAGCUGCUCAGGUGACCUGGAGCGCUGGUGCCAACGCCGCCAGCUACAGUGUCAAAGCCACGAGCUACAGUCACAGCACCACCUGCAGCAGCUCCACCUCCAACUGCACGCUCAGUGACCUGGUCUGCGGCCAGGAUUAUGACAUUCGGGUUUCGGCCACUGAUGGGAAAUGUACUAGCAACUACAGCGCCCCCUUUGUGCAAAGUCGAGUGCCGUGCUCUUCUUGGAAUUUCACCACAGACCUGAAAUGUGACACCAAUGAUCUCUUAGUGAGCUGGAACGCUUCUUCCGUGCAGCUCAACUACAGUGUCACCGCUGCACCAAUGGAUGGUAACAUCCCUACAGUCACCUGCUAUACCAGCAAUGCCAGCUGUCUUCUUAGUGGCCUUCAGUGUGGACACUCUUAUAACGUCUCUCUCAAAGUGUCCCCUGAUACCUUCAAUGGACCCCAGAGCCCUUCACAGAUAGUUAAGACAGCUCCAUGUCCUCCUGCCAUCCAGAGUAGCACAGUAUUCUGUAGCAACAGUUCCUCUCUAGUGUCCUGGACUCCAAUGUCUGAAGCCACAGGUUACACCGUGAAGGCUAAAUCCACUAAAGGACACCUGGUUUCCUGCAACAGCACCACACCUUCAUGCACUCUUACAAAUCUCACAUGCAGUGAGACAUACGUGGCCACGGUCACAGCCCAUGGAUACAAGUGUGACAGUCCACCCGGCCCGAGCACCAACAUUACCACCACUCCAUGUCCUCCCACCAACGUCUCAGCCGUGUACACCUGUUCUCCUAAUCCUGUUGCUGUGUCAUGGGUCGCCUCUGGAAACGCCAAACAAUAUACGGCGGUAGCUUUAAGCCAACAAGGUCACAAGUCUGAGUGCACGACCAACCAAACGUCGUGCAGUCUGCCUGGACUCCAGUGUGGGGAGAAAUACUCUAUUCAUGUUUCAGGAGCAAAUGACAUCUGUUCAAGUCAAGAGAGCAACUCUGUCUCCCUUCUCACAGAGCCAUGCCCUCCCACUAAUGUGACCAGCCAGCUGAUCAAUGGAGCUGCUCAGGUGACCUGGAGCGCUGGUGCCAACGCCACCAGCUACAGUGUCAAAGCCACGAGCUACAGUCACAGCACCACCUGCAGCAGCUCCACCUCCAACUGCACGCUCAGUGACCUGGUCUGCGGCCAGGAUUAUGACAUUCGGGUUUCGGCCACUGAUGGGAAAUGUACUAGCAACUACAGCGCCCCCUUUGUGCAAAGUCGAGUGCCGUGCUCUUCUUGGAAUUUCACCACAGACCUGAAAUGUGACACCAAUGAUCUCUUAGUGAGCUGGAACGCUUCUUCCGUGCAGCUCAACUACAGUGUCACCGCUGCACCAAUGGAUGGUAACAUCCCUACAGUCACCUGCUAUACCAACAAUGCCAGCUGUCUUCUUAGUGGCCUUCAGUGUGGACACUCUUACAACGUCUCUCUCAAAGUGUCCCCUGAUACCUUCAAUGGACCCCAGAGCCCUUCACAGAUAGUUAAGACAGCUCCAUGUCCUCCUGCCAUCCAGAGUAGCACAGUAUUCUGUAGCAACAGUUCCUCUCUAGUGUCCUGGACUCCAAUGUCUGAAGCCACAGGUUACACCGUGAAGGCUAAAUCCACUAAAGGACACCUGGUUUCCUGCAACAGCACCACACCUUCAUGCACUCUUACAAAUCUCACAUGCAGUGAGACAUACGUGGCCACGGUCACAGCCCAUGGAUACAAGUGUGACAGUCCACCCGGCCCGAGCACCAACAUUACCACCACUCCAUGUCCUCCCACCAACGUCUCAGCCGUGUACACCUGUUCUCCUAAUCCUGUUGCUGUGUCAUGGGUCGCCUCUGGAAACGCCAAACAAUAUACGGCGGUAGCUUUAAGCCAACAAGGUCACAAGUCUGAGUGCACGACCAACCAAACGUCGUGCAGUCUGCCUGGACUCCAGUGUGGGGAGAAAUACUCUAUUCAUGUUUCAGGAGCAAAUGACAUCUGUUCAAGUCAAGAGAGCAACUCUGUCUCCCUUCUCACAGAGCCAUGCCCUCCCACUAAUGUGACCAGCCAGCUGAUCAAUGGAGCUGCUCAGGUGACCUGGAGCGCUGGUGCCAACGCCGCCAGCUACAAUGUCAAAGCCACGAGCUACAGUCACAGCACCACCUGCAGCAGCUCCACCUCCAACUGCACGCUCAGUGACCUGGUCUGCGGCCAGGAUUAUGACAUUCGGGUUUCUGCCACUGAUGGGAAAUGUGCUAGCAACUACAGCGCCCCCUUUGUGCAAAGUCGAGUGCCGUGCUCUUCUUGGAAUUUCACCACAGACCUGAAAUGUGACACCAAUGAUCUCUUAGUGAGCUGGAACGCUUCUUCCGUGCAGCUCAACUACAGUGUCACCGCUGCACCAAUGGAUGGUAACAUCCCUACAGUCACCUGCUAUACCAACAAUGCCAGCUGUCUUCUAAGCAGCCUUCAGUGUGGACACUCUUACAACGUCUCUCUCAAAGUGUCCCCUGAUACCUUCAAUGGACCCCAGAGCCCUUCACAGAUAGUUAAGACAGCUCCAUGUCCUCCUGCCAUCCAGAGUAGGACAAUAUUCUGUAGCAACAGUUCCUCUCUAGUGUCCUGGACUCCAAUGUCUGAAGCCACAGGUUACACCGUGAAGGCUAAAUCCACUAAAGGACACCUGGUUUCCUGCAACAGCACCACACCUUCAUGUACUCUUACAAAUCUCACAUGCAGUGAGACCUACGUGGCCACGGUCACAGCCCACGGAUACAAGUGUGACAGUCCACCUGGCCCAAGCACCAACAUUACCACCACUCCAUGUCCUCCAGCCAUCAUAUCAAGACAAUACAACUGUGGCACCAACGCGGUAGUCUUCAGCAUGUCCGACCCCGCUGAAGCGCUCACCUUUCUUGCUCAGAUAGUUGGAGACGGAUACAAGUACAGCUGCCUCACCAACAACGCCAGCUGUGUGUUUCAAAGUCUUCCCUGUGGCCUGGAUUUGAAUCUGACCGUGCAAACUCUGGGGUCAGAGUGCAACAGCAGCGUUAGUGUCAGCGAAUUCCUUCAGACAGCCCCCUGCCCUCCACAGAAUGUCAACGCCACAGUUCGGUGCUCCAAUCAUUCAGCACUGAUAACAUGGAUGGGGAGUCCUAAUGCCUUGGGGUACAACGUGACAGCAAUAGGCCUGGGAGGCCAAAUUCACAACUGUCACACCAACUCCAGCAGUUGCGAAGUGACAGACCUUCAAUGUGGGGAAACCUACAGCGUUAAAGUCACAGCGUACACACAGACGUGCACGGGAUCCCAGAGUCUGUCUCACAGGUUUAGAGCAGGUGUUUGCCCUCCGAGUAACAUCACUGUGCUGCCUACUUGCGAGCACAGAGCCAUCUCGUGGGCUGCUGCUGCUUGGGCUGAGACGUACAUUGCAACAGCAACUGCAGCAGAUGGACAUACUCAUACUUGUAGCUCAAAUUAUUCAAGCUCGUGCAAUUUCACUGAUCUGCACUGUGGAGAAACAUAUUCUGUCACGGUUGUGAGUGGGGAUGGGAGUUGCUGGAGCGACCCAAGUCCGCCGGUGCAGCUGAAAGCAGCUUUGUGUCCAUCUACCAACCUAACUGCUCACGUCAGCUGCAACACCGGUGCAGUGAACAUCACGUGGAGUUCAGUGGCAGCACCUUCCUAUGUCAUAAAAGUGGAAAACAUUGGUGGUCCAGCCCCACCUGUAGAAUACACCACCCCCAACAUUUCACUCUCUCUGUCUAACCUGGCAUGUGGGCAAAGAUAUGCCUUCAGCGUAGCAGUUCAAGAUGGAAAUUGCCAAAGCCGCUUCAGCCCACCCAUUAACAUAAGCACAGUUCCUUGUCAACCCUCAAACUUAACCGUACAAGUGGACUGUGGGACAAACAAUGGCAACUUCUCCUGGGCUGAAAGCAGUGGAGCGAGCGUGUACACAGUUGAGGUGAAAGGAGCGAAUGGCCACGUAACAUCCUGCUCCUCCAACACCACCUCCUGCUCGGUGAAACUGAACUGUGGAUACUCCUACCAUGCAACUUUGGUUGCCUCAACAGAGAGCUGUGACACCAGCAAAACCACUGAAAUCUUCUUUGAGUCUGCUCCAUGUUUGCCAGAAGGCGUUGUGGCAAAGUUGAACUGUGAAUCCCACAUAAUUAACGUAAACUGGACCCGGACUAACGGCUCUGAAGUCUACACUGCCUGGGCCAUCAGCGCAGACGGACACAGAGCCUCCUGCAACUCCACCGCAAACUCCUGCUCCAUCCACGAUCUCCUGUGCGGCAAGAUCUAUGACGUGGCUGUCACCUCCUCCUCAAUCAAAUGCCAAGUUAUUGCUGGCUCUGACUACAAGGUUCAGUCAUAUCCGUGUGCACCAAUAAACACAACUGUUGAGCAGAACUGUACCUCCAACAGUAUGACAGUGAAGUGGCAUGACAACAGCACAGCACAGAACUACACAGUGAAAGCUGCUUCUGCCUCAGGCGUAAACUCAACCUGUGAAUCCACCAACAGCAGCUGCUCCUUCCUGGAUUUAAGCUGCGGUCAGCUGUACUCCUUCACGGUGAUGGGAUACAGCAAUGUUUGCACGAGUGAUGUGAGCCCUCCCAUCAAGAGCUACACCGCCCCGUGUCCUCCAACCAAUUUGUCAGCUGAGUUGAACUGUACGACCCGCAGUGCUGUGGUCACCUGGAGAACUGUGGCCACAGCUGUAUCCACUGCCUACAACGUCCAGGCAACCUCCCCUGAUGGACACAACUCCUCCUGCAGCAACAUGGGCUCUUCCUGUGACCUUGACAACCUUGUUUGUGGGCAGAAGUACUCUGUUGUUGUGGAGGCAAUCAACACUGGCUGCCCUGGUCCAGCCAGUGCCCCUUCAUUCCUCACCACAGAACCCUGCAUUCCCAUCAAUAUUUCUACUCGCUACAACAUGAGCACUGCCUGGGUGAUGUGGAGCGCUGCAGCCGGCGCCAGCUCCUACUCAGUCCAGGCUGUGACAGACUCGGGCGCCCCGGUGACCUGUGGCAGCAGUAACAGCAGCUGCCACCUGAACGGCUUGCAGUGCAGUCGGAUGUACAACGUGACAGUUACGGCACACAAUCAGGCCUGCAGCAGUCUGCCCUCAGAAACGACACACCUCCUGACAGAGCCAUGCCAGCCUACAAACAUUCAAGCCAGUUUGGAUUGUGAAAAUCUCUCUGCCACUGUGUCCUGGCAGCAGAGUCCCCUUUCUGUAGGAUACGUUGCCUAUGCAGACAACAAAAAUGGACACCGCACUUCCUGCUUUAGUUCAAACGCCACUUCCUGCAGCCUUUCAGGGCUGGUGUGUGGAAAUGUCUACAGUGUCUGGGUCAAGGCUCUGGGACAGCAGUACUACAGCUCGGACAGUUCAGUCGUCUCUCUUACAUCAGCCCCUUGUGAGCCUGGCAAUGUUAAAGCCACCAUGGACUGUGUGGCACACACAGCUACAGCAUCCUGGCAAUCCAGCUCUGGAGCUUUGAGCUAUGUUGCCGUGUUAACAGCUUCAUCGGGCCACGUAAAAAGCUGCACCACCAACCAAACCAGCUGCCAGCUGAGCUCCCUGCAGUGCGGAGAGAAAUACAACCUCACUGUAAAGACUCUUGGAAAAACUUGUAACAGAACUACUCUGAUGACAGGAUAUCUCGUCACUGAGCCAUGUGCGCCCGUGAAUCUCACCGUCCUCUAUAACGUGAGCACUGCUCAGGUGAUGUGGGCUGGAGCAAAAGAUGGAGGCUCGUUCUCUGUCGCUGCCGUCAACAACAAAGUUCAGACGGUCACCUGCAACUCUACAAACACCCAUUGCUCACUGGUGGGCCUGGAGUGCAGUCAGAUCUACAACAUCACAGUGAUGGUGGCAGAUCCCUCCUGCAACAACACUGUCGCGUCAGAGCCCUAUCAACUCAUUACAGAGCCAUGCCCGCCUACAAACGUCCAAGCCAGUUUGAAAUGUGAACCUCUCUCUGCCACCGUGUCCUGGCAGCAGACUGGCUUUGCUCUUGGUUACGUUGCCUAUGUGGACAGUAAAGGUGGACACCAAACCUCUUGUGUUAGCUCCAACACUACCUCAUGCAGCAUUUCAGGGCUGAUGUGCGGGACUGUCUACAGUGUCUGGGUCAAAGCUCUGGGGAAGCAGCACAACAGCUCAGACAGCUCAGUCAUCUCUCUUACAUCAGGGCCUUGCCAGCCAGUAAUUGCUUCCGUUCAGGCUCCCUGUCAAAGCGAUGAGGUCCAGAUCUCCUGGAAUAAUACAGACGGUGCUGUCAAUUACCUGGUCAGGACCGCAGGGAAUCGUGGGUAUAUGAAGACCCACAACACGACACAAAGCUUUCUGUCUGCCACUUUACCAUGUGGACAAGAGUUCAACGUCACUGUUCAAGGACAGGGCAGCGUGUGUGACAGCACCCCCAGCAGUCCCGCCUUCUUCAAAACUGGCCCAUGCAUCCCCUCAAAUGUGACAACCCAAGUGCAGUGCGAGCUUAAUCGGGGCUCUGUCAGCUGGAGGCCAAGCGAUGGUGCUGAAACCUAUAUUGCCAUUGCAACUGGUGUGGAUAGUCACACCCACCAGUGUCUCACCAACACCACCUCCUGCACCUGGACUGACCUGCACUGUGGGGAGGAGUACACUGUUGUGGUCAGAGCAAAGACCGUCAACUGCAGCAGCCUGCCGAGCAACAGCUCCAUCAUUUACACAGGCCCCUGUGCACCGCAAAAUUUGGAUGCAACUGUUAACUGUGGAACAAAAGUUGUUGCUUUGAACUGGAAUUCCCCCAACGGGACUCAUUCAUACACAGUAUCAGCCAAAGGGGGAGAUAAAUCAGUUAGUCUCCAGACUAACACAACCUUAGCCCUCUUCUCUGACCUCACAUGUGGACAAAACUACAGCCUGACAGUCACACCUCACAGCCAACACUGUGUAGGGAACUACAACACGCAGGCCUCUGUGCUGACCUGGCCAUGCACACCUGCAGGAGUCUUUGUAUCACAGGCUUGCCUCUCCAAUUCCGUCAUGGUAGCAUGGCAGCCGAGCAAUGGCACGGAGUAUUACACCGCCGCUGUGCAAACAGAGAAUGGUGUUUCAAAAGUAUGCACAACCAACACAAGCGCAUGCACUGUUCAUGCACUGACGUGUGGACAAAACUACUCGAUGUCUGUCACGGCUUCCAACAAACAGUGUAAUGUCACUUCCGGUCAAACCAAGAGCGUGCAGUCAGUGCCUUGUAGUCCCACUAAUGUCUCAGUGUUCAUGGACUGCUCCAACAAUUCUGCUUUGGUGUCCUGGUCUGCCAGUCGAGGCGCUGUGCAGUACUCAGUGAACGGCAUCAGCAGUCACGGCAAUGCCAGCUGUCAGUCAUCUGGUCUUGGCUGUCGUCUCAGCCUUGUAUGUGGCAGCCUCUACACGGUUCAGGUUGUCGCCAUGGAUGACAACUGCUCAAGUAUUCCCAGCACUCCUGUGGAGUUCAGCUCAGGCCCCUGUCCACCUAGUAACGUGAGUGCCCAAAUGACAUGUCAGUCAAGCAAUAUGACCGUUUACUGGGACGCCAUCAGAGAUGCCGACCACUUUUUAGUAUCAUUAACUUCUGUGAAUGGAACCAUUCAAUUAUGCAACACCACAACUACUACAUGCUUCAUCAGCAAUGCAACAUGUGGAGAAACAUUUACCAUUCAAGUCACCUCUGUGAGAGGCAACUGUCUCAGUCGACCCUAUCAAACCUCCAGCAUCCAGACAGCUCCCUGCCAGCCUAAAGGAGUAAAUGGCCACAUUGACUGUGUAUCGAACUCGGCCUGGAUAACAUGGGACGCUGCUCUCGGAGCGAACAACUAUACAGUGUCAGCUGUAGGUUCAGGGAUCUCCACAACCAACUGCACUUCCAUCACAGACACUAGAUGUGAGGUGAAGGACCUAGCCUGUGGUGUAUCGUUCAACUUCACAGUCACUGCUUCAAACACCAGGUGUGACAGUCAACCAAGUGCUCCUUUCAGCUUGGAAACAGCCCCCUGUUCGCUCUCUGCAAUCACUGCUUUUACUCAGUGCCACAACUCCUCCAUCCUGGUGAUGUGGGAUCUGAACGGCAGCGGGGGAACUUCUGCGUACAUUGCCACAGCUGAAGCCAGUGACCAUACCUAUCUGACCUGUAAUAGCACCGGCAACAGCUGCUACCUGUCUGGGGCAAAGUGUGACCUUCGGUACAUCAUCAUAGUCGCAGCAUCUUCAGACCGCUGCAGCAGUCUGAGAAGUCCUCCCUACAAAAUUAGCAUGGAGCCCUGUCCACCCCAGAACGUAUCAGUAAAUGCUUCCUGUCAGACUCACAGUGCUGUGAUAUCCUGGAAUCAGUCUCCUGUUGCUGAAUCUUACCAAGUGGUAGCUACGGGUGCAAAUGGUCACAAACAUAUGUGCAACACCUCCUCCACCAGCUGCAGCCUCACAGAGCUCCACUGUGAUGAGCAGUACACAGUUUCUAUGACUGCAAGUCACGAGAACUGCACCAGUAAACCCAGUCAGAAUGCAACCCUGAACACAGGUCCUUGCCAGCCAAGUAAUGUUGCAGUUUCCUACAACUGUAGUAGUCGUUCUGCAUUGCUAACAUGGAUGCCCAGUAAAAAUUCAAAGGAGUAUUAUGGCACCGUACAGGCAGGAAGUGGAGACAAGAUUAAUUGUCACAACACAAACCCAACAUGCACCAUUGAUAAUCUUGAAUGUGGGGUAUCAUACAACUUCACUGUUCAAGCCUCUGAUGGGACAUGCAACAGCUCCUACAGCGACCAUGUGCAGUUUGGAGGAGCUCCUUGUCCUCCCGAUGGCAUCAAGGUGCAGCUGCUGCCAAUGGAGAUGGAAGUGCAGUUGUUGCACUUCUCCUGGACACAUGUCACCUGUGGAAGCAUUGAGUAUCUGCUGACUCUGACAGGAACUCUGCAAGGACAGUCAAACCUGUUUGAAGUCUCAUCCUACUGGACGAGCACAGAUUUCUUUGAGAUUCCUCUCCCCUGCAGUUCAUCUUACACUGCCAUGUUGCAAAGCAAAAACGCUGCAGGAACAAGUGGCAAAUCUGCUCCCCUCAAUGGAACAACAGCCCCCUGUCCACCGUCAGGAAUACUGUUCAGUGGUAACAGCUCGUUUGCCACGGUGUCGUGGAAUAUGUCAGUGUUUGCCACCACGUACACUGUUUAUGACAACAGUGUAAAGCCAAGGGUCAAGCUUUGCAACACUACCACACUGUCCUGCUCUUUGUCCAAUCUCGUUUCUAAUAAUCUGGUGGUCACAGCAAGCAAUGCAGCUGGAGAAAGCCAAGCAACAAGCGUCCCCAACGUGGUACUGCAACGCAGAAGGAGAGACCUUAGGACACAAAUGUCAAAGGAUGGAAGCGCCUCAGCUCCACAACUGGAGGUUACACAGGUCACACCAACAGCCAUUUGGCUCCAGUGGUCCCCAGUGAAGAAGGCUUCACACUACAGCCUCCUGAUCACCAAACAAGGCAGCUCCGGUAGUCAGAAACUGACUGUGUACGGAGAAAUCAUAAACGUCCCAGAUCUGAGCCCCAACUCCACCUACUGCUUCUCUGUGACAGCUGUUUACGGCUCUGCGAAUGGACCGCACUCAGAUCCCGUGUGCACACAAACAAUUCAAGUUCUCCAGUAAACAAAAGGCUUUUUUGAACAAAACUGAAAGAUUCUGAUUACAUGUAAUGUUAGCCUAUCUCUAUAGUAUGUAAAGAUUGUAUACGUUUAAUUAAAAUUUUCUGCAGAUCUUUAGAGGUUUCAUUUUGUGAUUUUAAGCUAUGUUUGAUUCAACAUUUACACUGAAAGCCAUUGAUUUUAUUUUAAAGACCUACUCUAAUGAAAGUUGUGUUUUAACAUGUUUUUGGGGAAUGAAUGACAUGUAUAAAGAAAAUUAAGCUUAAAUUUGCAUUUAAGAGUUUUUUUGUUCUUUUUCAAAUCAUUGAGAAAAGAAGCAGACGCAUAAAAUUACUGCUGAAAAAGAUUGUAUUUGGUACAUAGAAAAUAUGCUGAGCGGGCCACAAACUCAGAACACUUAGUGAACGAGGAGGGGAAGAGGGGCGGGGUUGCUCUGUACCAAUGUGCAACUCAGAGGUGAAUUUCUAAUAGUUUUUAUUUAUCUAAAAAUGGCAUAAUCAUCAUCAAAAGACUUUUGGGAACUAUUUACAUUUCUCAAAAGAGAAUCAGAGUGGGUCUUUAAUUGCUAAUCAUUUUAUUAAAUUAUCAAUUGCAACAUUUUGUCAUUUUUUUGAUAGGUUCACUAGAUUAAUUUCUGACUUGUAUCAUCUGUAAAUUAUUAGACCAUAACACAUUUACAUUUGAUGAACUAGGAAGUGUAUAAAUAUGAUCAAACUUACUGUAAUUAUCUUAAAUAUGAAGUCUCUUCCUUUUACAUUCUAAUAAAACCAACUUAAAUGUUUUCAUUCA